AUGGGCAAAAGAGGCCUGCCUAGAGCAUCGUGCGAGGAGUGUCGCCGCAAAAAAGCUCGAUGCGACCUGCCGGAUCGCACGGCGCUUGGUGGCACCUCGUGCACCUGGUGCUCAGCCAAGCGUCUGCCGUGUCGAUUGGAGCAGGAUGCGCGAGGCGGACGACACGAAUCAGUGCAAAGCAUACCUUCGAAAGCUUCGUCUCCUAGCGCAGCCUCGUCCUCACUACCGGCUGCAUCUUCAACUCCAGCGCUGCCGGACGAGCUCUAUCUACCCGGCUUCCGACACCUUUCUCGGUCUGCCUCGGCCGUGGGAUCGGCUGACAGCCAGACAGCAACCACAAACACAAGUAGUGCAGCGUCAGCACAGACCGGCUCACCUGCUUCCGUCACUGGCGCCAUCCCGGCAGCCGGGCUUCUCGAUGUGCCUGGCCUCAGCUACCCGCUGCUGCAAGAAACAAUCGAUGCCUACUUUGCCACCGCAGGCCAUCUCAACCCUUCGCUCGAGCAGCACGAUUUUCGACGCCGUUGCCGCGCAUACUUUGCGCCUCUUUUCUCCUGUGCGCCCGAUCACGUAGCCGAAGAGAUCUCGCCACUCAUCAUCCUCGCCGUCGCAGCCGUCGGCAUCGCCCACACCACACGCCCCGCACGAUUCGACCUUCAGCGUCGUAUAGUACUGCGCGCAGAGCAAAUCGCAAAGCUAGGAAUGCUCCCGCACGGCCUCGACGGAAUCACAGCCGUGCUCAUCCUCGAAGGCAUCGCUUACACCGCCGAAGGCGCUCCCAUCUUUUGGCCCAAGAACCCCGAUCCACUCCACCUCCAUCCAUUCAGCCACGAAGCUCCAGUGCGUCUCACUAGACAUUUGAAUCUCCACCGCCACACUUCCACCACCAGAGAGACUCUGCUCUUCUGGCAUAUUUACGCUUUCAACUGCUGGCGGCCUGAUACAUUCGAAUAUCUGCAUCCGCGCGAAGUGGAUCUCGAGCGCCCACCGCGCGGCACACUGCUAGGAGACUGGCACGACAGCUUGCUCACGCUCGGCGAGAUCCACCAAGAAAUUCACCACCUCUGCUGGACUGGUCCCUACCGCAAGCAAGGCAUCGCUCCUGCACAAAUUAUCUCGCUCCUCAAGCGUCUGCAUGAAUACGAGCGCGCUCACAUUGGCUCGCUAGCUUCCCCGACGAUAGCCCAGCAUUCCCACGCGGAUCUGGCCAAGAGCGCACAGCAAGGCCUCGUGCGGAUACUCUACUACAACACCAUCAUGUCGCUCGAGGCCUACGCACGCGUUGCUGGUCUCGAAGCUGGCAGCGCAGACGUAUCCGAGGCGCGCAACAUGCUCCGCAGCAACACCACACGCGCCUUUAGUCAGAUCGUCCACAUCGCCGCCGAGGCGGCCCAAUGCGGCUACUUUGGCUUUCAUGUACGCGCCUUCCGUUCCCUCACCGUCGGAUGUGUGAUGUGGUGCAUCGAACGCAUCCGCCGCGCAUACGAGCAUGCACGCGUCGAUGCUGGCCUCUGGCUCACCUCCUGCGGCGAGCGCAUGAUCGACGCUAUCGACACCACCGCUGCAUGCUGCGUUGAUACGCCGCCGCUCGUGUCGCAGCUGCGCGCCCAGCUCUUGCAAGCACAGCUGAUGCAAGAUAAUGCAGUACAGCUGCCGCCGCCAGCCAUCUCACCCUUUGACGGAAGCGACUCGAGCGAGCUUUGGUCUUGGCUACUCGACCCCGCCUUCUAUGAUGCGAUCCAACCGUCAGUAUAA